AUGAAUUUUAACUACAAGUACAACAGUCAGAACAAUAAACAGGCAGAGGACAACGAAUUCAAUGAUAGCAACGUGAUUAAUAUGAUAAAUCAUGACAACGAGAACGAGAACAAGAAGCAGGCAGGCACCAACGAGUUCAACGAUAACAACGGGAGGAAUCAGAUGAACGAGAAAGAGAUCAAGAACAGCGAUAACAACGAGAACGAAAACAUCAAGCAGUUAGAGGACCAUGAUAAUAACGAAAGGAAUGGAAGCAAUGGGAUAAACGAUAACAACGAAAACAGUGAUAAGAUUAAGAACGAGAAAAACAAGCAGUCAGAUGACAACGAGUUCAACGUUAACAACCAAAGGAACUUGACGGACGAUAAAGAGAAAAUGAACAACGAUUGUAACUUGUUAAACGAUAACAAGAGCAACAAACAGUCAGAGGACAACGAGUUAAACGAUAGCAACGAGAAUAAUGUGACAAGCGAUAACAACGAGAACAGCGCAAGUAACUCGACAAAAGAUAACAACGAGAGCAUCGAUAACAAGAUCAAGAGCAACAUGCAGUCCGAGAACAACAAUAAUAGUGAGUUCAUCAAAAACAACGAGAUCAUCGAUAACAACGAGAACUGCGAUAGUAACUUGAUAAUCGAUAACAUCGAAAACGAGAACGAGAACAACAAUCAGUCGGAGAAUAAUGAUAAUAGCGUAACAACAACUAACAACGAUAGCGAAAACCUCGAGUUCAACGCUGAUAACGAGAGCAACGCGAUGAGCGAUAACAUCGAUAGUAACUCGAUAAACAAUACCAAUGAGCUCAGCGACAACAAUGAGAUGGCGAGCUGCAGACAGUCUGAGGACAACGAUAAUAACGCAAUAAACGAUAACAACGAGAGCGAAAACAACGAGUUCAACAACGAGAACGGAGAUGAGAACGUGUUUCUCAAUCAAUUGGUGUCUUUAACAAACCUUCUGCUGUCGCUACAAGGUAUGGAGCGGCUGCAAGGUGAGUUGCAACAUUUAGCUGAAAGGCUGUCACAAAUUCAGUUGCCGAAUCAAUCGCAAAUUUCGCACUCGCUGCCCGAAUGUCCAUUAUGGAGCUGUAGCCGUAAUAUCAGUUUUUCCAGCAUUCAAUCCGGAUGUUGGAAUCCAGAGAAAUUCAUUCGUAUGCUCGAUAGCCAGGACGUGAUAAAUUGGAGCGCAAAUCUGCGAACUUGCCAGGAUUAUAUCGAUGCAAUCGUUAACAACAGGCUGAUCGCAAUGGGAAAUAUCGACAAAGUGAAACAAAUACUGGUGCACAUCAUUGGACUCAUCACUCAAAUCAUUAGCAAUGUAAUCAAUACUUAG